CGUGCCCGCCAUGCUGCCGCCGGUGCUGCUCCGCCGCCCGCUCGCCGCCGCCGCCCGCCUGGCCCUGCCGCUGGCCGGCCCGCAGGUACGCCUUACUACAGGGCCCAGACAAAAUAAUGGCAUUUUCUAUGAAAUUCGUACAUAUGAUAUUAAGCCAGCAAAGAUGAAGGAGUUUUUGGAAAUGGUCAACAAGUACUUUCACUUUCGCACAGCUCACUCAGAGCUGGUGGGAUUCUGGUACUCGGAGCUGGGAGCGAUGAACAAGGUGUUUCACAUUUGGAAGUACGAUAAUUUUGCCCACAGAACAGCAGUCCGGCAUGCACUAGCAAAUGACAAAGACUGGCAGGGGAAAUUCAUCUCUGCAGCUCUCCCCUUGAUAGAGAAGCAGCACAAUGAGGUUGCUUACCUGGUGCCCUGGUGUCAACUUGGGAAGCCUCCAAAGGAAGGGGGUGUAUAUGAAUGGGUUACUUUCCAGAUGAAGCCUGGUGGGCCAGCAUUGUGGGGUGAAGCAUUUCGAGCUGCAAUCAAUGCUCACAUCAACACAGGUUAUACAAGCCUAAUUGGUGUUUUCCACACAGAAUAUGGAUUACUUAACACAGUCCAUGUGUUAUGGUGGAACGAGAGCCCAGAUCACCGGGCAGCAGGAAGACACAGUGCCCAUGAAGAUGCCAGAGUUGUAGCAGCUGUGCGUGAUAGCGUCAGAUUCUUGGAGUCCCAGCAAAAUGUGCUUCUGAUUCCUCUGCAAUGCUCACCGCUGAAGUAACCUUUUUCUAAAGGAUGUAACUGAUGGCAGAAGAGACGAGAUGUAAGUGCUGUCAGCAAGUGAUAUGGAUCCCCAUACCCUCAUGAGCUGAGCUGUUCUGCAGUUGACAAAAAAUGGAUGCAUAUUGCUGAUCCACUAUGAUCAGCACUUUGAUACCAGUUGUUAAACAGAAGUUUAUGGUGAUGUUCCUUCGUCUCCAGGACAAAGAACUUGAUCCAUAUCAUAACACAAAUCUUGCUUCACCAAUCAUCAGUUUUAAUCCCUAAGUUCUUCAUAAUUUUUUGCAUAGCUAGAUCACUUACCAGACUAAGUACUCUUGUCCAGCAUUCCAGCCAGGGAUGGUAUCAUUUUUAUAACAUACUUUGAUGCCUCUUAUAAUUAUCACAUCUUAGUUAUUCCAUACAGUUUAAGAAGGAAACCUCCCACAUAUAUAUUACCCAAUUAUGUUUUAAUCAGACUUCUCACUGGGAUGCUUUGUAUUAAUUCUGAGCAAUGUACAAUAUCAGUGUUGCUGGAAUUGCACUUAAGUGCAACAGUGGGACUGAUUAGGUAGUGCAUCCUAACAAUCUCUGCCAUGACACUUUUUACUUAAUAACUUGUUAGGGUUCAUUUCAGCCUUUUCCUUUUUUGUUCAUUAAACACUGCCUCAAAACUAUGAAUUAUCCACACAAGUUUUGCCUUGAGUAUUUUAAUAUUUGUUUAGGGUGCUAAAGGUGAUUAGCGCUUCUUGUUCAAUUGUGUUAUCAGACUCAUCUGAUUUACAUGUGCUGGUAUUCUUUGAAAUACUUUUUGUCAGACUGUUAAAAGCUAAAUAAAUGAGCAUAAAGCAUUAA